GGAAGUAUACCACCUAUCCUACAGCUUUCUCAACAGAGUGACAGAGAAAGAGAUGGCGAGCGAUUCGAAGGUGGAGACGAUUUCCCGACUCGCUCAGUGGAGAAUCGAGAGUUUUGGGCCUUGCUCUUAUCGACGAUCCGAUUCCUUCAAGGUCGGAAUUUGGAACUGGCAUCUAUCAAUCGAGAAGAACCGGUAUAUGUACGUUCGUCUCUUUCCCGAGCCAGGCCGCGUUUCCAAAGAUCAGCCUCCGAUUGCCAAGUUCAUCCUCCGCGUCUCCAACAUCGGCGCCAACCGGCGUCCGUACAUCUCCCCCGUUCAUGAAAGACUUCUCCGGAACAGUGAAGACUUUGUGUGGCCUGUUGACUCUACCUUCCAUGGGCGAUUCAUCAUUGAUGUAGAAUUCCUAGACCUGAAGAUCUAUCCACUCAAUAAAACUUCAGGUGUUUCUCUUGAAACUCAGGGCGGCGAAGCCUCUUCUAUAUGGCCCCACGAAGGACCAAUGCAAUCUCUAGCAAUGAGUAGCACUCUCCGAUGCCUAUCCCGCAUGCUUGAUGAGGGCAUCCAUACUGAUGUUACCAUCAACACAGCCGAUGGCACCCUGCGGGCCCACAAGGCCCUUCUGUCCGCGAGCUCCCCUGUUUUUGAGAGCAUGUUUCUUCACAACCUCAAGGAGAAAGAGUCCUCCAUAAUCAACAUUGAGGACAUGUCUCUUGAAUCCUGCAUGGCACUCCUUAGCUACAUAUACGGGGGCAUCAGACAGGAAGAGUUCUGGAAGCACCGGCUGGCACUGCUCGGAGCGGCGAACAAGUAUGAUAUCACCGACCUCAAGGAGUGCUGUGAGGAAAGCCUCUUGGAGGACAUCAAUUCAAGCAACGUGCUUGAGAGGCUGCAGGAAGCGUGGCUGUACCAGCUGGAGAAGCUGAAGAAAGGGUGUUUGAUGUAUCUGUUCGACUUUGGCAAGAUAUAUGAUGUUAAAGACGAGAUCAACGGCUUCUUCAUGCAUGCGGAUAGGGAACUGAUGGUAGAGAUGUUUCAGGAGGUGCUGACAGUCUGGAAGCCCUUGUGAUGCCCAAGUAGUAUGUUGUGCAUGUCAGCACCCGUAAAAAGAAUGUGCAGUUAUACAAGUGAAGCUUUUGUUUGAUGAGUUUUGCUAAUCCCACAGUCACUUCUACACAUGAAUGAGUGAGCAAUGCAUCAGGUUUCUCUCCCUGUUUAAAAAUUACACGAUUCUGUGCAUCAAGUCAUUAGGUGGGCCACACAUAUAUGUUGAACAUGAAUCAUUUGUAGGUUUUUGAAGUUGUGUAUUGUUUUCAAACAUGUAAAGAUACCUGAUGAAUUGACCGUCCAGAUUUUGGGCUAGGCUGUUUAUGCAGUGGGGAUGGUCCGCCUGAUGCACAGGUCCCUAAGUCGGCAUAUGUGGCCACGUGUAGAGGUGCAUGUGGGCUUGGCAAAGUGCUCGCUUUUUUUUUUUUCCAUGGCUUUUUUUUUUUAUUUUUUAUUUUUUUUUAUUUUUUUAUUUUUAGUGUUCCUGUAAAAUAGUCAUGGGCAGCUAUGCUCCCCACGUUUCGUUCUCACUCCAAAACAGGCACCAUGCCACAGCUGUAAAAUAUGUAACUAUUUAGAAAAUCAUGCAUCUUUGUAGGAACUGAAAAACAGAGUAAUAUAGUUUAAUAUGUAUAUACUAUGUAUGUGUAUUUUGCUUC